AUGGUGUCGAGACGAUAUCCGAAAACGACCGAUUCGAUGGGCAAUUGUAUACAGGCUUACAUUCCUGGAAGCAAUCCUAUUUCAAGGAGUACCAUUAUUAACGUUAACACUCAGCCGCUUAGAGACUACGACUUUCCAAUCGUCUUUCUUAUUGGAGGACCGGGUUCUGGAAAAAAAACAUUAUGCAUGAAACUGGCAGAAAAGUACGGGUUCCUCCAUAUCUUGGCCAGCGAGGUGAUCCGACAGGAAAUAAUGACGCGAACGGAGAGAGCUUUCACGUUGGCGCGUAUGAUGUCGCAGGGUCAACUGGUACCCACAGAUAUACUAGUCGAACUAAUUGCCAUUAAGAUGCUGAACAAUCUCUACAACAAGAACGGAGUCAUACUGAGCGGUUUCCCGAAGCGGAAGGAACAAUGCAAAAGCUUCGACACAGCGAUACGGCCACCCGAUAUCGUUCUGUAUCUGAACGUGCGGAAUUCGGUGCUGAGCGAUCGAAUUAUGGGCAGGAUAAUCACGACCACAGAAAGACCGAUGAUCAGCUACGAAGAAAUUAAGAAUCAAAUUAAGGAGUUCCAUAAAAGGAAUCGGCUGGUCAUUAAACACUACAAGGAGCGUCUGAUAAAUAUCGACGGUGAAUUCGACGCGAUUAAAGUGUACGAGGACGCGUGCAAUGCCAUCGAUAACGUUUUAAUGAAAACAAGCUCGACCGCGUCAAGUUUUCAACCGAAUUUGUAA